AUGCCAUUCCUUCUCCCUCAUAUAGGACACCUGCAUUCGUUGGUCAUCGCGGACAUAUUCGCGCGAUUUGAACGCAUAUCAGGAGAGAGACCGGUUCAAUUUAUAACUGGCACGGACGAACACGGUCUCAAGAUUCAACGAGCUGCGCAGGCGAAAGGGAUGGCUCCGCUUGCAUUUUGCGAUGAGCUGAGUGAAUCCUUUCGUGACUUGGCGAAGAAAGCCGACAUCAGCAGCACGAUGUUCUUACGGACAACGGAGCGAAAACACUGUAAUGCAGUACAACAUAUGUGGCGUACGCUAGACGAGAAAGGCUUGAUCUACAAGGGUCAACAUGCCGGCUGGUACUCCGUCUCCGAUGAAUGUUUCUACACCGACCUGCAGGUAACGGAAGUGGAUCCAGGUACCGGUAACGACAAGUACUAUGUUUCAAGCGAAACGGGCUCGCGUGUGGAGUGGCAGGAAGAAAAUAAUUAUAAGUUCCGGCUCUCAUAUUUUCGCUCUAUCCUGGCGCAGCAUUACAAGGCCUACGAGGACGCGAUCUACCCACCGCAGUACCGUGCUGAAAUUCUUGGGGUCUUAUCUGAACCCCUGGAGGACUUGUCAAUAUCGCGACCAAGUUCGCGACUGACAUGGGGCGUGCCAGUUCCAGGCGACCCGGAGCAUACGAUAUACGUGUGGAUCGACGCGUUAAUGGUGUAUCUCUCUUCUAUAGGAUACCCAUGGACGUCUUCAGGAGACAACGGGUUGAGCUCGGGAUGGCCGCCAGACAUACAAGUUAUUGGUAAAGAUAUUCUCAGAUUCCAUGCGAUUUAUCUGCCUGCCAUGCUUGCAGCUCUGGAUCUUCCAUUCUCGAAACGCCUGCUCUCUCACUCUCACUGGACUGUUGAUAAACAUAAAAUGUCCAAGUCUGUAGGUAAUGUCGCGGACCCCAUACAAGCGAUAGACGAGUAUGGAGUGGAUAUAGUGCGGUACUACCUCGCGCGUGUAGGUGGUCGGUUCAAAGACGAUGUCGACUGGUCGCAUGAGCAGCUCCAGAAGCACUCCAAAGAGAUCAUGGCUGCAUUCGGGAACCUGUACUCUCGGAAUGUCGGGCAAAAAAUACUGUCAAGGUUGAAUGGCCAGAUACAGCCAAAGAUUGAAGACCUUCAUAGACAUCGCAUUACGACAGCGCUGAUGAGCGACUUGCAAGAACUUCCUAACUCGGUGCAUGAACAUAUGCAGAGACUGGAAGUAGCUGAUGCAUUGGACCGGAUCGUCACGACUCUCCAAAAAGCGAAUCUCCUGGUAACGCAAACUUCGCCGUGGAAUGACCGGGCGACGCCUGUGGAGGUCGCGUUGUCAGUGCAUACUGUCGUCCUCCACGCUCUCCGCGUUUGCGGCAUCCUGCUGCAACCAUUCAUACCGUCUAAGGCUAGCCUCGUGCUCGAUCAAUUGAGCAUCCCGGAGAAUGAACGUAACUUGAACUUUGCUAACAGCCGAAAUGUGACACUGGGUGAGCUGCUGCCACGGGUGCAAAUAUUCUGA